AUGUUUGCACGCAAAAAUGUGCUGUCGUUCGUUCUUCCCUUUUUCAUUAGCCAUGCUCUUGGACAAUCCGGAGGAGAAUAUGGGCCAAUCCAGCUGGACGUGAAUAGCCAGGACUCCAUCAAGUCAGCCGCCCGAUCUCUUGCUGGUGGCAUUAUUGCAGCGUACAAUGAUAGUUUGGCCAGUGAAGAUGGUGGUAUUCCAGGUUUGUUCGACGGCAAGAAUGAGAUCUAUUUCUGGGAAUCUGGUACUCUCUGGAACGCAUUGCUCGGAUACUCCUACCUGACUGGCGACUCGCAAUACGACACAACCAUUUCUGAAGCUUUGCAGUUCCAGCUUGGAGACUACGAUGCUUUCAUGCCUCCAAACCAGACAAAGUCCCUUGGCAAUGAUGAUCAAAGUUGUUGGGGUUUGUCUGCGAUGACAGCCGCGGAAAUUGGACUCCCCAAACCAAAAGACGCCGAGUGGGUCGACUAUGCGAGAAACGUGUGGCAAAUUCAGUCCGAGCGACUCGAAUCUGGGGAGGACAAGUGUGCGGGUGGUCUUAGAUGGCACAUUUUCACCUUCAACGCUGGGUACAACUACAUGAACGCUUGGUCAAACGGAAACUUCUUCUUGCUUUCCGCACGUCUCGCCAAGUUUACCGGCAACGCCACCUACUCGCAAUACGCAGACAAGAUCUUCAAAUGGUCACAGACGGUGGGCCUUGUGGACAAGAACUUCAGCGUCUACGAUGGAACUGAUUCAGUUACGAACUGUUCAGAGGUUAGUAAACUUCGAUGGACUGCUACUCAUGGCCUCUACACCGAGGGCGCGGCCCUCAUGUACAACAUAACUGGCGCACAAUACUGGACCGAUGCUGUCAAAGGCUUUGUAAAAAGCACGUCUGUCUUUCAAUGGUCGACGGGAUCCGGCAUUCUCACCGAGUACGCAUGCCAACUGGCAGGCCAAUGCGACUCAGAUCAACGUGCCUUCAAAGGCAUUUUCGCUCGCACUUUCGCACGCGCCGCGCUUGCAGCUCCAAUUGCGGCAGACUCCAUUAACAAGUUACUCAUAAACUCCGCCAAAGGCGCUGCUAUGGCAUGUACCGCGGGUGAUGAUCCGCAAUGCAGCCUCAGCUGGACCGCGGACAACGACACUGACUGGGAUUGGGCCACUGCAACUGACGGAAAUAUUGGUGAAGUCUAUGCUGCUUUGGAGGUUAUUCAGGGUCUGCUGUACCCAUUUGCGAAGGGAUUGAAGGGUGCAAGUGCAUCGAGCAGCGCGAACAACGCGACCGGCAACUCAACACAAGGUGCUGGAGCUUCAGGCGUGUCCGGCGCCGGAACACCGCAGAACACAGGAGCCGCUGGCACGCUUGUCGCGAGCACCAUUACGGUUUUCGUAGUCGCAUUUGCAGCUAUGCUCAGUUUCUAG